GAAGCCAUGUCGAAUCUCGGUGAAGACAUCGAAACCUUAAUCCUCCUACGGCUUCCCGUGAAAUCUCUGCUAAGAUUCAAGUGCGUGUGCAAGCGAUGGAGCUCACUGAUCUCCACUCCCCAAUUCGCCAAGACCCAUCUGGAGAGCGCCGCUCCUUCCCCAAGGAUCCUCUUCCUCACCAACCCGCCUCAGUCCGUGAACUGCGAAUCACUCCGUGACGACGAUCAUGCUGCUCAUGAAGGUUUGCCUCUAACCCAGCUUCAGUCUCCGAUUGAAGCUCCAGACGGAUGUAGCGCCCACAUCGUCGGAUACUGCAAUGGUUUGGUUUGCUUAGAGUACGACGAUCAUCGAAUUGUCGUCUUGUGGAACCCAGCAACAGGAGAGUCUAGAAACAUCCCAAACGCUAGUUACAGGGAUCACCGAGCGACCAUUUGUGGACUUGGCUAUGAUCCAUCGACUGAUGAUUACAAAUUAUUGCGGCAUUGUCGCGUUACGGAUGCAUAUGGGUUUCCGGAAUAUAACGUGUUUGAUGUUUUCGCUCUAAAGACUGGUUCCUGGAGGAGAGUUCAUGACAAGCAUGAUGACCUUAAGUACUGCCGGGAAGUGGGGACCUAUGUGAAUGGUUUCCUUCAUUGGUUAGUCCGGGGUAGAGAUCCUUGGGAGCGCAAGAAGAUUGUUUCAUUCGGCAUGAGCAGAGAGAAGUUUGCCGAUGUGUUGUUGCCGCCACUGGAGGCCGAUAAAGGUACUGUGUUCGGAGUAUUAGGAGUUGUCGGUGAAUGCCUUGUCAACGAAAGCUUCGCAGUGUACGUUGAGAGUUUAGUUUCACCUCAUGGAGCAAAGCUGCAGGAUCAAUGUAGCUCUCAGGUGGAGGAGCCAAUGGAGAAAAGUGACUUCACUGGCGAUCAUUCAACAUGUAAAGAAGGGGAAACUUCAGAUAACAAAUCCAAAAGCCGUCUUAUCAGUAAAAGAAGAAAAGCUUCCUAGAGGGCUAGUCAUGAUGUGUAUGCCGAGGUCGAUGUAUUGCGAAGUCAAGGGCACCUGACUAGCUGCUUUAUGCACUUUAUUCUUCUCUUUUGUGGGUUCCUUUUGGAUUAUUACCGAGUGUCUGUGUUUGGUUCUUGGUUUACUUCUAACGUUCUUGUAACUCCUCUUUCCACGAGUCAAAGACGUGAUGACGACACCCAAUGGUUGUGGAUCCACCAAAAAGUGUCAAGCAUGACUGCCUGAGUAGGCAAGAUGCACUUCAAGUAGAACAUGUUUUCUCAUAUACUCUUCUCCUGCAUCUAUGUACAGCGCAGGGGGAAAAAAAGCCUCAAAAUUCACCCUCGGAGUACCAAAGAUAUCCUUGGUAGAAGGAAGUCUAAGACUUGGAGCUCUUGGUUCUGAGUUUUAACUUGUUAAGCAAGAAUAUCAUUAAAGUCA